GUUUAUCAAGGCUUACAAGAAGUUUGGACUCCCUCUUGAACGGCUGGAGUGUAUUGCCCGGGAUGCCGAGCUGGUGGAUAAGUCUGUGGCUGAUCUAAAACGAUUAGGGGAACUCAUCCACAAUAGCUGUGUGUCAGCAAUGCAAGAAUACGAGGAGCAGCUGAAAGAAAAUCCAAGUGAAGGUAAGCAAGAGGCAGGGAAAGGACCUGGAAAAAGAAGAGGUCCUACUAUCAAGAUUUCUGGUGUCCAAGUCAAUGUGAAAUCCAUCAUCCAGCAUGAAGAGGAGUUUGAAAUGCUGCAUAAAUCCAUUCCCACGGAUCCAGAGGAAAGGAAGAAGUACCGUCUGACAUGCCGUGUCAAAGCUGCCCAUUUUGAUGUAGACUGGGGAGUGGAGGAGGAUUCUCGCUUGUUAGUGGGAAUUUACGAGCAUGGUUAUGGAAACUGGGAGCUAAUUAAAACAGAUCCGGAAUUGAAGUUAUCUGAUAAGAUCCUACCUGUUGAGACAGAUAAGAAACCUCAGGGAAAACAGCUCCAGACCCGAGUUGAUUAUCUACUGAAACUGCUGAAGAAAGAUCUGGACAAGAAAGAAAACAUGAAAGAUGGGGAAGAGGGCAAGCUAAAGAAGAGGAAACCACGAGUAAAGAAAGAAAACAAGGCUCCCAAAGUGAAAGAUGAGCAUGGGAAUGAACUCUCCUCUCCUCGGCACUCAGACAACCAAUCAGAAGAAGGUGAAGUCAAGGAGGAUGGCUUGGAAAAGAGCCCAGUGAAAAAGAAACAGAAGAAGAAAGAGAACAAAGAGAACAAGGAAAAACAGACAACCACUAAGAAAGAAAAGGAAAGUGAUAAAGAGAAAAAGAAGACAAAAGACAAGAAAGAGAAGCCUAAAAGUGGUGAAGCCAAAUCUGGAAGUAAAGGGAAGAGAUCGCAAGGUCCCGUCCACAUUACAGCAGGGAGUGAACCGAUCCCCAUUGGAGAAGAUGAGGACGAUGAUCUGGACCAAGAAACAUUCAGCAUAUGCAAGGAAAGGAUGAGGCCAGUGAAAAAAGCACUGAAGCAACUCGAUAAGCCUGAUAAGGGGCUGACAGUUCAAGAGCAGCUGGAGCACACACGCAACUGCCUCCUAAAAAUUGGGGACCGCAUCUCUGAGUGCCUUAAAGCCUACACGGACCAGGACCAUAUCAAGCUAUGGAGAAGGAACCUAUGGAUAUUUGUGUCAAAAUUCACAGAAUUUGAUGCCAGAAAACUGCACAAACUCUACAAGAUGGCUCACAAGAAAAGAUCGCAGGAAGAGGAGGAACAGAAGAAGAAGGAGGACAUGUCCAGCAUGAAGAAGCCGUUCCGCCCAGAGCCUUCAGGCUCCAGCCGCGAUUCUGUGAUGUCCCAGUCUCACGUGCCUCACAAUCCUCAUUCCCAGAAGAUCCACCUGCCCCCUUCCCACACCCAGCAGCAGAUGCAUGGGCACCCACGUGACAACUACGGCCAUCCAAACAAGAGGCAUUUCAGCAAUGCAGACCGAGGAGAAUGGCAGAGGGAUCGAAAGUUCAACUACGGUGGCAACAGCAACCAGAUGUGGGGUGGGGAGCGGCAUCACCAGUAUGAGCAGCACUGGUACAAGGACCACCACUACGGGGAUCGGCGAUCUCGUGGAGAGCCCCACCGGAGCUCUGGGAACUACAGACCAAAUAACCUCUCCCGCAAGAGGCCAUACGAACAGUACAACAGUGACCGAGACCACAGAGGCCACCGAGAUUAUUACGACAGGCACCACCAUGAUUCCAAGCGUCGACGAUCCGAUGAGUUCAGGCCUCAGAACUACCACCAGCAGGAUUUCCGACGGAUGUCUGAUCACAGGCCACCCAUGGGAUACCAUGGCCAAGGACCUUCGGACCACUACCGGUCCUUCCACACAGACAAAUCGGGAGAUUACAAACAGCCUCUCCCUCCACCUCACCCUGCAGUGUCGGACCCUCGCUCGCCCCCCUCUCAGAAAUCCCCUCAUGAUUCCAAGUCACCUCUCGAUCACAGGUCACCUCUGGAUAGGUCAUUAGAACAGAAAAACAAUCCAGAUUAUAACUGGAACAUUCGGAAAACAUAA